AUGGGCUCCAAGACAGCCGAGAAUGACAACGAGGGAGGUGGUAAUGCUCCUCCCAGCUCAACAAAAGCGAAUGCCACUGGUGGAGAACCACGGGGAGCCCAUUGGUCCCGUGAUGGUGAUGGCACACUUGGAGAAGGAGAUGCAGACGACGAUGCCGACGGCGACAAUACCCCCUGCACCCCUACCUUGGUGAUUACGCAAACUGCACCCUCAACAAAUACGAAGAAAAAGCGCAAAAGGACUAAGAAGAAGUCUUCUGUGUUGAAACAAUCUUCACCACCGCGGGUUCCUCUUGCCGAUCUCUUCCCUGAUCGGCAAUAUCCACAUGGCGAAUCUCAAAUCUAUGAGUCUGUGGUCGAAAAUACGGCCCGAACAACCGCCGAGGAAGUCCGACACCAGGCCCGUCAUCACAUAGAAGAUGACACCUUCUUGAAUGACUAUCGGAAGGCCGCGGAGAUACACCGUCAAGUCCGACGCUGGACGCAAGAGAGCGUGCGCCCGGGCCAGACCCUCACGGAGAUUGCUGUGGAAAUCGAGGAUGGUGUUAGAGCGUUGCUCGACAAUACCGGCCUUGAGACUGGCCAAGGUCUCGUAUCAGGAAUGGGCUUCCCCACGGGCCUGUCACUGAACAAUUGUGUUGCACACUAUACGCCAAACCCAGGCCAAAAGGAUGUGGUCCUCGACGCGAGCGACGUCAUGAAAGUCGAUUUUGGCGUUCAUAUAAACGGCUGGAUUGUUGACAGUGCUUUCACAAUGUCCUUUGAUCCAACCUACGACAAUCUGCUUGCUGCUGUCAAGGAUGCGACCAAUACCGGCAUCAAGAAUGCCGGGGUCGAUGUCCGCAUUAGCGAUGUCAGCGCUGCCAUACAGGAAGCAAUGGAAAGCUACGAGGUCGACAUCAAUGGUCGGACGUUCCCUGUCAAGGCAGUGCGCAACAUCACUGGACACAAUAUUGAGCAGUAUCGCAUUCACGCCGGAAAGUCUAUACCAUUUGUCAAGAACAAUGACAACACUAAGAUGGAACUGGGAGAGAUAUUUGCCAUUGAGACGUUUGGGACAACUGGUCGUGGUCAUCUCUUUGAAGGAACUGGGGUCUAUGGUUAUGGUAAAGACCCAUCCGCACCAAAAAAGAUCACAUCCCAUCUUGCCAGUGCCAAAUCCUUGUAUCAGAAAAUCAACGAAAAUUUUGGCUCACUUGUCUUCUGCCGCCGCUAUCUUGAACGGCUUGGCGUCGAACGGUAUCUGGCUGGUAUGAAUAGCCUAGUGUCCAACGGCUAUGUUGAAGUCUACGAGCCCCUGAUGGACGUUAAAGGAUCAUAUUCCGCGCAGUUUGAACAUACCAUUCUAUUACGAGAAUCAGGCAAGGAAGUGAUCAGUCGUGGAGACGACUAUUGA